GCUCAAUUCAGCAUUUCCCAAUAACUGAGUAAACAGCAUUGACAGUGGUGGUGACAGGCAGCUCCUGUGGUGAGCUGCAACUUGGCAUAUAGAUUUCCUGCAACAUUGGAGGUCAGAAGUUUGGAUUAUCAAUUGACAACCCCACACAUGAUCAGCCGAAAACCUGGUCUAAAGGAGAGCUCCACUGUCAGGAGAGCUCGGACUCAGAGCGUUCAAUCAGACAGCUGUGGGGAGCUUGGAAGUGUUAGAGGCCAAUGUCUUGCCUGAUGGGCACCUAAAGCUGACGGAUUUAGUUUGACAGUUCUCACUUUGGAUAUAUUUUCGUGGAUUUUACUUGCAACAAUGGAUCGCUUGGAUUUAUCUCGGAUUAAGAACCUUUCUCUCAGCAUGCCCUCGAUGAAGAAUUUAAAAUUGAUGUCGUGGAUUACUCGAGAGGGAACUGAGGAGGAAGCGAUGUCGUCUCCGCGGGACCUCCAGGAUUUCCUGGCGGAAGCGCAGUUGGAGCAUUACCUCAGUGGGCUCCGCAAUGAGCUGAAGAUCACGUGCGUGGACCACCUGAAAUAUGUGAAGGAGGAAGACCUGGAGGCCAUCGGCAUGGCCAAGCCAGAGAUGAGGAGGCUGAAGAAGUUCUACAAGAAGGAAUGUCCACAAGGAACCUUUGGAAAACUCAAGAAGGCAAUAAUGAGGGGGUCCGAUGGACCUGGCCGCUCCCUCAGCCCCUCCCCUCCAGAACACAGAAUCUCCCGCCCUACCUCGGUGAUACGCCCCCCAGGGAAACAGAUCAUACCCCAGGAGUCAAUAGCAGUCAACAAAACCCUUGGGGAGGGGGAGUUCGGGGUCGUGCAGCAGGGUGUGUGGACCACAGAGGACGGAGAUAAGGUGCAAGUUGCUAUCAAGUGUUUGAGCAAAGACAGACUUCAAAAUGGAACUCAGGAAUUUUUAAAAGAAGCCUCUGUUCAACAGAGUAUAGACAAUGAAAACAUUGUUCGACUUUACGGGGUUGUUAUCAACAAAGACAACGCAUUGAUGUUGGUGACAGAGCUAGCACCGAUGAGGUCCCUGUUGGAGUGUUUGAAGGAGACAUCAUUAAGAUUAGACUUUCCUAUUCCCCGAUUGUGUGAUUUUGCUCAACAAAUUUGUGAUGGAAUGUCUUAUCUUGAGUCUAAGCGAUUAAUACACAGAGACCUGGCUGCAAGGAAUAUCCUAGUGUUCAGUAAGAAUAAGGUUAAAAUAAGUGACUUUGGGCUGUCACGUGCACUGGGUGUGGGGAAGGAUUACUAUCAGAGCAAUUUUAGUAUAAAUCUCAAGUUGCCAAUAGCAUGGUGUGCUCCGGAGUGUAUCAACUACCUGAAGUUCACCUCGUACAGUGACGUGUGGGCGUACGCCGUCACGCUGUGGGAGCUGUUCACGUACGGCUUCCAGCCCUGGGCUGGCAUGAGUGGACAACAGAUACUGGAGGCCAUCGACAUGCCCAACAACCAGCGUCUGGAGAAGCCGGACCUGUGUCCAGUGGAGUACUACCAUCUCAUGAUGAAGUGUUGGGAGCACGAACCCGAGGAGAGGCCGACGUUCAGUCAGAUCUUCCUCAAGCUACCACAGAUCCGGCCGGUCCAGGUGAAGGCAGUCAAGGACUACCCGCAGGUCACCCUAGAGAAGGACCAUCUCUAUUACAAGUCUUAUGAUGUCAUUAUCACAAUUGAUAAGAAACCUUCUAAUGCCCCCAGCAUUGGGUUGUGGAAAGGGGCUCUCAACAACGGCAAAAGUGGUUACUUUGAUCCAACAAAUACAGUCCCCUUCAUUGAACCCAAGACAAGCCCCAUCUCUCUACCCAAGACAAAUCUCACACGGAAGGAAUCCAGCAGGAAGUCCAGCCGCAAGCUGAGAGUAGACAUGAUCAGUGGACCCCAGAACGACCUCAGACACACGGGUCAUAUUGGCUACGACGGCGCCGUGUUUGGGGAUGUCGGCUUCAUUGGGGAGGCCUACGACAAACUGCCUGCAAGAGGCAAAGCAGGUGAUGAGAGUGUGCGAUCAUCUAUGACCUCCAUUGAUCACCGGGAUAGUCCUGACAGAGAAGGGUACAGAGGAACCAAUGGCUAUGGACAUUCUUGGAUGAGCUCGGAGUCCCUGGACAGUCAUCAUGGUGAAGACAGACAGUAUCAGGAUAUUGAUGAUGACGGAAUUCUGGCCGACUUCAAGAUUCCCGAUCUCACGAGCUCCUUGGACCUGGGCCCGUCGUUCAUGGAUGAAGUGCUUCGGGCUCUGGAUGAGAAGGAGAAGAAACUGGAAGGAAGUUCCACAGAGCCAUCGCCUAGCAACGGAGGUAGCAAACUGGAUGAUCUGACGCUAACCGACUUCGACCGAAGUCGAUCUGUAUCACCAGGAGGCGACGGCAGACCUCCUCCCUUGCCUACAUCACCACCUCGUGUGGAACCUCGGCGCUCCGAUAGUCGUUCGGAACCUAAAAAACAAGCCAAGGUGAAACCAAUGUCGGCUUCGGAUGAAAAAAUGAUGGAAUCAGCCAUUGCACUUGCAAACGAAUUUGCUUCUCAGAAUCAGAUGAGAGACAGCCAGAGUCCACCAACAUCCCCGACAACUAAGACAGAAAAGAAACGCACAGAAUCCGAGAGUAGUAGUGACUCUCCAAAUCUCAUGUCAAAGUUGAAAAAGAUUUCAAUUAAGCGUAGCCCUAAACAAGAACGCAAAAGGACGUUUUCUGAUGACAUGAACAAUAAGAGUGACUUAGAUGGAGAACUGCCCCCUGAGGCUCAGGAGGCCUACAACAUGUUGGUAGUUCGUGGAUCAUGCAAAGAUAAUGAUGAAAGCUCAGAAAAUAGUCGACAGUCGUCUGAGAGAGCAUCGCCAGCAAGUGAUGCAGUGUUUUCUAAUUCCUCCGAGAUCCACUUAAGUCAACCUAAGCCUUCUCCAAUUGCAUCAUCUGUUAACUUCCGACCCCCUCUUCCAGCGACAGAACCCAGACCCCCUCCUCCUAAACCUACCCCAAGACCACGAAUUGAUCCGAAAAAGUCUGAAAUCCCUGUUCCUCGACCUCGACCUGAGGUUGUGCAGAGAGUAGAACCAACACAAAUAAAUCGAGUGGAGCCCACGCCCAGGAUUGGGCUCUCCAUGUCUGUUGAUGUCCCUGAUACAAAGACUGAAACGAAGGCAGAAAGCAGUCUUUCUCUUUCUGUUCAGAGGCAACAAAGUUUACCCGAAUCAAAAAGUCGGGAGAGGGAGGAACUGAAAAAAACAAUUGAAAUCGUACGUGUAGAUUCCCCGCGGAGGGAGGAGAAAGUUGAGGUUAGUGCAAGUAGUUCAGAGGACUUGGCAUCUAAAUCAGACAGUGAUAGAGAACCACCAAAGUCUUUCUUUGAUGAGGAUUUCAGUGAACCAUCUCCACGGGAAAUUAUGUCCAAGUUGCGCGAAAAGCGAGUGACAAGGUCACUGGAUCACCAGCGAGGUGUGUCAGGAGAUGGUGAACCGGCCCCGACACGGAGUCUGCGGGAACCUCAAGGUAUUCCUGGGAAAGGACCUUCAGCACCAAGCACGCCAGCAGAAGAGGAAGAAGUGGAUACAAAUCCGUUACGCAUGCUUAGAGGAGGUGCGAUACCAAUUCGCACAGGACGUGGUGCUCCAGGUACAAAUACAAAGGAGAAGAAUUGCGAAGAGAUAGAGAUGCUGCAGAGGAUAUUUUCAACAGAGGUGAGUGUGGCUGAGUGUAUGAAGGCGUUAGAACUGACCAAGUGGGACAUGCAGAAAACCAUCAAGUACAUCAAGAUGAAGCAGCUGCUGAGCCUGCAGUUAGCGGACAUACAUCGAUGUAAAGCUGCGUUGAUGAUCUCAUCCUGGGAUGUCUCACAUGCUGCAGACUACCUGCUGACUCACCCAAUACCUAGUCCUGAGAGUCUCGACGUUUGACCUUCACCCUGUGGCGGAGUUAACAAGUUAAUAAAUGUUGCAAUCUUGUGUUGGAUUAAAGGGGUUAAUUACGUGUGACUUGCAACAGAUGAUCAUACCAACUGUUGCUAUACGUGUCGUAAGUGAUCUGAUCGAUGCGAUGGCAUUCCUUUCGGAUGGAGAAAUUUCAGGAUGAUCGUUCUACCAUAGUGCUGCACAGAUCAUGCAUCGUGAAUAUCACAGUUAAUCCUUCUAUUUCGAGUAGAAUAAAGUAUUCCUUCGAAGGAUAAACACGAAGUGGAUGUUGUCAAGGGCGUUGCAUCCCCAGUGGUAUUAGGGACGGAAGUAUCAGGAAUGGGGGACGUGCAGAACCAUCUAAUGACGCGAAAGAUCACCAAGACUUAGUGAUGAGGGGAUGCUCACAGAAAUACUUCAACUCCUUCAGUGCUGAAUUUGAGAUCAGAUACACUAUUAUCAAUCAGAUUGUCAAAUAUGUGACUGGUUUGAGGCAUUAACAAACUUGAAUUUGUGAAUGGUUUUGAAUAUUUCUGAUUAACAGUUUUAUCAAAUUUGACAUUACUGCAACAGCAGAUGUUAGACUUUUCAUGAACUGUUUAUUAAUAUGUGGGAGAAAAAAACAUAGUGCUUAUAAAUAGUUCUUGUGCACUUACAUCAGAAAGUUCUGAAUAUGGAACUUCAUCUUGCCCAGUCUGCAACAUACAGAAUUGUACAGGAAAUGGAUUACCAUCAACACCUUUUAUCAAAAUGCUUGCUUCAUAUUUUCUGUGAAAUCAGUAUCACAGAUGAUGCCACAACGCACAAGGAAACUGCAUUCAAAGUGCUUGUGUCUGUAAGAGAUGGUAUGGCAUCAUCACAAUGGCACAGUUCCAUCUUCGGCAUCUCCUGCCCUACAUCAUCCCAAGUACCGAUGUCUAAGACAAUGUCAACUGUAUUACAUCUAUAUUUCAUAUCAUGGUUAAUGUUUGUAUAAAUACUAACAAGAUUGGAAUAUAUAGUCGGUUUCUAGAAAGCUUUGUCUUUCAGACUUUCUCAAUGAACUUAUACAUCAAGGUAAUCCCUGCUUGUAUUACAAACACAUUUUGACUUCAAAAAGCAAGAACUGAAAAGAUUCCUAGAUUAGGAUGUAAGGUGUUCCUAAACCCUUUCUUAUGACCUUUUUCAAAACAGCCUUUCAAUUAUUAUGCAAUAUAUUGAAUUGAAAAAAUUGAACACAUGCAUUGAUUAGUUUUUUCUCAAUUUUCAAACUCCUUGCACUCUUUCGAAAACGUGUUUAAGUUCCCCAAUACCUAUUUGUGCCAAACAUAUAAAUGGCAUUACACAUUGAAAGUAUGUUCUUUCACAUCCUGACUACGGUAAAUGUUUUGCUUGUUUUAAGAAAAGUACUGGAUUUAAAGUAGAUUGAUGUUUACCACUCAUACAUUACUUCAGAGAAGAAAAAGCAAACAAAAUAUCCAAGGUAUUAAGAUACCAUUCUGGCUUGUGUUGUAGAUAUGAAAGAAGUAAGGUUUCCUCUCUUGUAAUCUCCAACAUUUUUGUAAAAUUUCUGUGCAGAACUGUAUUUUAUGUAUAUAUAAUUUGAAUCGGUUUUCAAAACAUGUAUAUUUCUCCCUAUACCAUAGACAAUACCGAGCUGCAUGUACAGUUAUUUAUAACGGUAAAUAUUCAGUGUAAACACGUUCGCUACGUAUUUUGUAAUAUUGUUUAUUAGAAAUAUAGCCUAGAUUUUUAAUACCAGGCAUGAAAUGUCUGUUUGUUUUGUUUGGUGCUAACAAAUGGUGAACUGUCACCACUUUCCUUAUCUCUGUAUGCUCAUUAUUGUCUCUCGAAAUUUCUUUGAUUUGCUUAAAUUUCAGUUUGAUUAUCUGUGUUGUUUGUCAGAAGUACUUAUCGACAUGUAUUUUGGUUGUCUUAAGUAAAAGCGACAAAACCUUUUCCAUAUUCUUAAGAAAUUUGAAUUUAAUUAAUACAUUUUGAAUUUUCAAAAAAAAUUAAAAUUAGUUUUGAAUUUUCAAAAAUGGCUUUGAGAAUGUCUUACUAUUGGGUUGUCUUGUUUGUAAUAAUGCCCCUUUAAACAGCCUUUCAUAAUUGUUAGUAUUGAUUCUAAUCUGUUCAAACAUUUUGGCUUUUAGAAAGCAGCUUCCUAGGGUUUGGUUUUGUAGGUGUUUAGAUCUCUCUAAAGCCAGCUCUUAGAUCUCAAUAAAAACUUAUUCAAUGUCCAGCAUCUUCAACUCUUCUUCGUUAUUAUUCAUAAAUCAGUAGACAAAGCAACACUAAGCUCAUUAUUUCAAAACAACAUUUUUACAUUCUAAAAAUUCCAUUUUCACAUUCAGGUGCCAUCAGUGAGGUAGCCUAGUAGUUAAAGUGUUUGCUCAGCAGGCUGAAGACCUGGUUUGAUUCCUCACGUGUACUUUCUUGGUUUCCUAGCUGUGAUAUGACUGGAAUAUUGCUAAACUCACUGUGAGCUCAUAAAGCUAGUUAACCAUUCUGAUGAUCUCUCUCCAUCUCCAUCUCUUGCCUGUUAAGUUAGUGUGCAAUAUCUGUAGGGCCUGAUCAUUUGUUAUUGGGGGUCAGGGAAUGAGAGAUUGGUCUUAGGUCUGUAUCAUUUAUUGCCGACCCCCCCCCCCCCACACACACACACACACACGCCAACACUUUUAUGUAACAGUUCUUCAUGGCCUCCCCCAAAUACAUGUAACAUUGUUUCAUGAGCCUACUCCCACCCCAAUAAUAAAUGGCCCGUUCCUAAAUAAUGUUCAAAAUUAAUAUGUAAAUUAUGUAUUUGAAUGAAAAUAGAGCUGCAUCAUUUUUUCAUGCCCCCUUCUUCCUCCUAUUGUAGUAUUGUAGUGAUAACUGUGGCAAUCUACCCUCUUUUGCUGUCAUUAUUUCAUGACACCCCCAAUCUCCUCUUUCUCUCGCCCCCCCCCUUGUAAUAAAUGACGAGUCCCUCAACUCUCACUAGUGAUGAAUGUGAUAAGGAAAAGAAUAAAUAUGAAUAUAUAUAAAUAUUUAAAUAUUUGGGGAAAUCGUUCUAUUUUCCUUCUGUGUGACCCAGGGAUAGAAGUGAUGGAAACCGUUUAAAGUGAUCAUUCUGAAAACUAAAACAACUUUCAUAUGUUAAUAGCUGUUGUAUCUAGUCAGUUUUUUAUACUUUUUUCCCCUGUUGUUAUGUUCGCUAUGCGUAUUUUUGUUCUUUAAAGUUUAUGAUAUUUUGAUCUCUUUCUCAAUCUGUAGGACUUAAACAAACACAGAUCAACAGAUGUCGUGUAUCAGCAUAAUAUUAAAAGUGCCAUUCCUAAAAACUAAUUGACAUUAAGGUCAAUAUGGAAGUGUUUUUGUUUUGCACAAGCUAAUCACCCCUAAAAUUGUCUUUGUCCUCCUAGUACAUUUUAGGUACUCUUAAACUUGGAUUUUUGUAAUUCCUAUUUCAAAAUCUCACAAAGAAUAACAAAUACUUUAAAAACAUUAGCUUAAACAAAGAAGACAUUUUUUUGAGAUGGUAAAGAAAAUAUACUAAAUCUUCAAUGAGAGCUAGAAGAAAGAAAAAAACUUAAUGGGAAAGCUUUUUAUCAAAGAUUAUAGUUAAUGUUCUGCUGUAAGUGUGUUUGAACUGUGAUGAUAAGAAUUAGGACUAAACUUUUGCUAUAAUCAUUCAUAGCAGUAUAUUCAAUGUAAGUUGUUAUAAUCAUUUGUCUCGUAUCAAUUAUUGCUCUGAUGAUCUUCCAACUUUUUAAUAACUGUUUAUUUUGUAACAAUCAGCUGUGGUAUUCAUGUAACUUUUGUUAAUUGUUAUUUACAUUUUUACUCUAAGUCACACCAUAUCGGUAUGUACUGCACUCGUUACUGUAUCGUAGCCGACCCUGCAUUCUGGUUCAGUGUGAUGCUUCUUGAAGGGCUCAGAUCUGAAGUGUCGUCUAUAUCAUGUACAUUAUCUAGAAACUGACAGCUUCUUACGGAUGCUCAAAACAGUUCUAUGAGGACAUAAUUUUGCAAUGUUACCAUAAAAUACUGCCUUGCUCGCAUCAGAACAUUCUUGUCUGGCUUUGAGAACAUCAUGUCAUAUUCUCAGAAGUAUUAGUUAAGGUGUUGGUUAUCAAAUGAAUAUUACAUUAAUUAUUAUCAUUAAAAAUCACAACACUCAUCAGUGUAUUAGGAACUCAGCAUCUGAAAUAUAAUCAGUCACAUACAUGAUAAUAACUUUUAUUUUCCUUCAGGGCAUUCAUACAGCAUUCAUGUUUGUUCAAAAUGUUAUUAGUUUAAAUAGUGUCAAUGGUUACAUUUGUAAUUUUUAAAUUUUUUUUCAAGAGUGUAAGAACUUUUCCCUUAUCUUAACUACUCAUCUUCCAAAUAAGACUCGAAAUAGGACAGUGAUAUAUAACUCUUUAUGAGAGUUACGGUAUUUGUAUAUUGAUACUUCAAAUAAACAUUUCAUAUUGAUUUCAUAUCUGAAAUUAGAAAAUCUUUUUGUAAUAUUCAGCCAUAUUGAUUAAGAUGGGCUAUGUUAUUGAUGACCAAAUGCUGGUUGUAACUUUUUGAAUGUUACAGACUAGUUUCAAUUAAAGUGUUUGAAUUCGUGAGGUCAGUUUCUCAUAAUUUGUGUGAUUUAAUAGUGAUCUGAGCCACACCCUGCUCAAAUCUGCAAUCAAGAAACUCAUGAACACUGUUGUAUGAAUGGUUUCCACAAUGUCGCUGCUUUGUAAAUACUUCCGCCAACUAGGUUCAGAUCCUGCUGAUAAUAAAACACAUUUACUACUGA